UUCUCUCACUCACACACUCCCACUCUCCGGACAUACCGUACUAAUUCGCCUUGUCCACAGUGCUCUAAACACACAGUUACACGUGCGCGCGGUGUUGGGUGACUAUAAACCACUUAGCUCCAUUAAUUUGGAGUUGAUAGGGGAACAGGUUGCAGUAGGACGCCAGAGCGCUGGUAUGAGAUGUUUUCAUAUUGCAGGUAGACGGACGGGCAUUUGACAAAUUAAGCCAAAAGCCGCAGAUAUUUCUUGAAAGAUGCGUCGAGCUCGAGAUGUGCUUUCACCAUAUUUUAACAAUCAUCAAGAAAUCCCGGAUCAUUGAUUUUUUCCAGUCUCUAUAAUUUUAGAAUCACUUUCUACCAAAAAACGCACUUUCUACUGCAAAUUAUGGACUUAAUGCGUAUUUUGAGAGUAAAAUGACUUUAUAGAGAAGUUUGAAUAACUGUUUCAGACCCCACUCGCCUGUUCAUAUGAUGAAGACCAUUGGGAGACAAUUUCGAUCAAAAUUGACUCUUCGAUUUAGUGAUAAAUAAUCUUCUUGGCAAUUAUAAAGAAUUUUUCAGUGAAAGAGAACAUUUAUUCGUGAGAGUACGGCAUAUGCAGCAGAAAAUAUCAAAAGAACAAACUGAGAAAAGCAGAGAGAAUAGAAGACGACGGCGAUGGAUGCUCAACUGAUGCGAAGCCACUUCUCCCAGGCGAGUCUCGGCGGGCUCGCUCCCUUCCCAGCAUACUCUUUCUCGUCCGCAGCCCACGCACUUGGGUUCCACGUCUCGCCGCCGGGUGCAUCGCCCGGAACUCACGGGGACCUUGCUAUCACAACAUCGGUGGCAGCUGCGGCUGCUGCCGUCCGAGUUCAGAGUUCCAUGAAGAAGGACCUUAAACACGUUCCUGGAGAAUGUUUCUCACCGAAGAGCAAGAUGAUGAAGAUUGGUGGACAUGAUGACGACGACAGCAAUGGUAAAGACGACAAAGAUGGAAAUGAUAACAAAAGGAGAAGAAGUCGAACUAACUUUAAUGGAUGGCAGCUGGAAGAGCUUGAACGCGCUUUUAACGAGAGUCAUUAUCCAGAUGUAUUUACCAGAGAAGCCCUCGCAAUGCGAUUGGAUCUUGUUGAGUCACGUGUUCAGGUUUGGUUUCAGAACCGAAGAGCAAAAUGGCGAAAGAAGGAGAAUACACGGAAAGGUCCUGGUCGUCCUGCCCACAACGCUCAUCUUACAUCGUGCAGCGGAGACCCAAUUCCACCUGAUGAGCUAGAGCGAAAAGAGAGAAUGAAAUUAGAAAGGAAGCUCAAGAAACAGAAGGAGAAGGCAGAGAAAACACCGAAUCGACAUGUUUCUAGGCGAGUUGGUGGCAGCAGUGGGUCUGAAGGAAGCGCUGGUGGAGAGGGUGAGAAGAGAAGAAGAGACUCGUGUAGUUCUUCAACAGGUUUAUGUGUGGAUGGACCGACGGGGUUUUUAACAGAAGGCCAUCUGUCACAGAAAGACUUCAUGGAAAGCUCGAGCGCUGAACCAAGCGAGGUAGAUUCAGAAUGCAUGGACAACAUCAGUAUUGAUACAUCGGAGGAACAGCGAAAACUUCCGGAUUCGCCGCGGUUCAAGCUAGCGGCACGAACUCUUUUAAAUCCACUGCGGGGUGUCGGACCGUUACCGCGGUUCGAUGCGGAUAAACUUCAAGACUGCGACGCCGCAUCCGCAUUUCAUAGUUCGUUUAGCAUUGACAGACUUCUGUCUCGCCAACCGGAGCAGCACCCGGAUAUGAAACCAGGAACUGUUGCGGCAGCCGCUGCUGCUGCUGCCCUCUGGCCCGACUUCUGCCCGAGCUAUGCCCUAGCAGCACCAAACCCUCUUGCAUGGGGUGCCCUCACUACAUUUGGGUUCCCGAGGAUGUGGGCCGGUCUUACAGCAGAUCGAUUAGCCGGGUGCUUACGAGCCAACAGUCAGCAAUUAGGCCUACUGGAUGCAUGGAGGGAGAGAAAGACAAUGAGUGUUGAGGCACUAAGGAAGAAAGCACAAGAACAUAAAGAGGCGUUGAGCAAAAAUGAUCUAAGCGAUGGAUGAAUAGAACUUGUAAAGUAUUUACCAUUAAUGUGCAUAGCGAUAGAUAUAUUGAAUUAUCUUAAAAGUGUGAAAUGGAAUUUGUGGGAGGAAAAUUGUAUUUAUGUAGAGUUGAAAUGAUAUGUUAUUCUAUAUGAAGACUUGUUUUAAAAAUAAGUUAAACAAAUUAUAAGGCUGUCUGAAUAUACUUAGUUGAAAAUUGUUCUGUGGAUGGAAUUAAGAUGCUCCCAGGUCAUGCUUAAUUGAAUCCUUUUAUGUUUUCAUGGAAAACAUUCGCUUUAAACCAGUCUGAAGUCAUCAAGUAACUUCCCAAGCCUGUCCUCCGUAUGCAUGAACUGUUGAAAAAAUCUUUAAUGUUUAUAAAUGAGCAUAGAAUACCGUUACCGUUAUAGAAUAUUCGUUAUCCUUGCACCAGUAACAGUAAAUCAAUACUUAUCAAUGUAUGCGAAGCAAGGCAGCUACAGAGGGUGGUCGUGAUGCCUCCAUCCCGUAAUGAAUUAUAUGGUUUUCGUUUGAACUGAAAGAAUUGAUAUGGAAAAACAACAAAGAUUACAAAAAUGCUUCACUUUGCUUUCCUUCAAUCGGGAGUCCCUGUUAGUUUUCACCGGCAGGUGGACUCGCGCUGAGCACCCCCCCCCCCUCCCUCCCUAUUCAUAAUAUGUUUUACCCAAUUUUAUCUAGGUGGUUCUGUCGACUGCAAUGAUUACCUCGAGUUCCAGUUGGGUUGUUGUCAAUGGGCUAAUCAUUCCAGAGUGCCAGUCAUUAAAAAAGAUAAUCGUCGACAUUCACUAUUAGGGCUAAAUUGGUAUUAGAUACACAUUUAUCAAUCCAAUUACAAUAGAAUGUUGUUUAUUUUGCUCAUUCCUGUGACAUACGUCAGGUUUUUAUUGGUAAGCAUGUAAGGGUUUAUAGCUUGAGUUACCUCGAUAAUUAAUAAUGGGUGGUCACUGGUCGUAAAAUGCUGCGGCAACCAACUUUUUAUUCCAUCAUGUGCUGACGACGUUCUCUUCUGAAUGUGUAUUAACUUAUAAAAUAUGGGCCAAUUUUAAAUGUUCCACAUUUUUAUCUGAAAUACGAAUGCAAACAAAGUGGCAAGUUGUAUAACAAGGAAAAUUUAAAUUCAAGUACGCGCAUUGUUGAACAACGAACAAACUGAGCGAUAAUGAGAAUUUUUCAAAUAUUAUUUAAAAAAAUCACCGUGGGGAUUUAAGAUUGGCCGCAAAGGUCAUUUCAUUCGGAUGUUCGGUUGGGAGAACUCCUCUAUAUUCUCCAAACACAAACUUACUGUCACCUUUUUUCAAAACUUUUACUCAGAAAGUUUUCCUCUGAAGCAGAAGUUAUCAUUCAAUAAAUUGCAGAUAUGAUGUCGUUUCGAUUUACAUAGAUGGUCCUUAGAUGAAUAAAAAAGCUAUUCCGCGAGGUCACAUAUAGCAAUAAUAUCUUCUAACUAAUGCCCCAAUGAAAAGAUGCUAAGGAAAAACGAAAUCAAUAACUAAUUACACGACAAUUGGUAGAGAUGUCCCUCUUACAUGUUUUAUCACAUUUUCUUUGUGAAACCACAAAUUUGAGAAUUUCUUAAAGGACAAGUCCACCCCAACAAAAACUUGA